UGGGGCUUCUACGCCUGCUGAGGGAGGGGCCGGAGAGGCCUUCCGUGGAGUACGGUGGCCCGGAGUGGGCAGCUAUGGGCGCGAGUGGCCGGGCGAUGGCUGAGUGGCCGGGCCGGAUGGCAGCCAGAAAGAGCCCAGUGCGGGUCAGUCAAUGAGAGGGUCGAGGAAGCAAAUGAUUGCAGAGGACAGACAUACACUGCAGUUCACAGUGAUCCUAAUGCAGCAAAUCCCAGCUCUAUACACAUGACUUGGUGACACCUUGGGGACCAUGGGCAGCAACCCCAAUAUGACACCGUUCUGUGACUCACAACAGUUCUGUGAGGUGUUCUUCAGGCUUCACUGAGGAAACAGAUUAAAGAUUCAUUGUAUUUCUAAGCCUUCAAUAUUUAUACCUUGUGACUGUUGACCCUCUUAUGAGAUACAUUGUGGAAAUCAAAAUGGAAAGUGUCCAAGAAAUUUUGGAUCAAUUAUACAGGAAAGUACUUCUUGGAGCCACGCUUGAAGAUGACCUCCAUGGUUACAUCUUUUACCUCAACCCAGAUCUCUCAGAGCAAGCUGGCUGUACAGCCUCCUCUGUAGCUCGGUCUGAUGUCAGUGAUGUGCUGGACGGCAUGGCAGGCCAGCACGGGGUGACCAUCCUUCCUGAAGCACAGGAGUGUUCCAGGAGACAGCUUCAGAUGAGCAGGGCCUGGGAAGUGAAGCUCCUUCAGUUAACAGUGAUUGACAUGAUACUGAGCCGCGUGCUGUCUGCUGAAACCAAGAGCCAUGCAAAGGCUGGAUACAAAGAGCUCACUGAAGUCCUUUUGCAGUCCAUUGAACUGGAUUCCAAAUUGAUCCACGUACUCCAGAAUUCCGAUAAGUUGUUGUCCUACCUGGCUGCCAAGUGCCUGGCCUCGCUCCUGUAUUUCCAGCUGAGAGAGAAGAAAAUGUUAAGUAAUUCCUGGGUCACGUUUUGCCAGAAGCAUCUCUCUGAGUCCUCUGAGGGUGGUGAAGCAGCGCAUUGCCUCUGUGUCCUUGCAGCUGUGAUGAAGGAGAUCUUUAAAGAUGCACAUUCACAGAGAGCAGAAAGUCUAAAGCAGCUCUUGACUCCUUUUGACAAUACUUUUGAAGCGUUCUACAAUUCCUUAUUUUCUCAGCAUUUUGGAAACUUCAAGAACCCCUCUAACAUAAUCAGCAGCCUGAUGUGCUUUCUGGAGUUGCUCGAGCUUCUCGUAGCCUCCAGAAUCCACCUGAAACUGCACCUUAGGAGCCAGAGGAUGUUAUUUUUGAAACCCCAUGCUCUAGAUAUUCUUGCCUGGCCUAUUCCGGCUUUUAUAAAAAGGAAAUUGGUUAUACUCAUCAAAAAGUGCCUUCUCUGUAAAGUGGGUGAAGACUUCUGCCGUGAAUCUGUGCCCACCCUGAUGUCACCAGACCAUCUUCUGGACAGUGACAUGCUCGCUUUAGCUGAUGCAAUUCUGCACGCUAUACAUUUGGGGUUGUGGAAGGCACUGACUGUUCCCGGAAAGCCUUCCUGCUUUGGAGGGGAUGAAGUGCAACCUGGAUGCAGACUCAGGGCUGGUCCUGAUCACGUGACCCUGAGAGCAGCAAGCUUAAUUACAGUGAAAUCCUUAGAAAUCAAGUUCCAGAAUUGUACCUCAGCAACUGAAAUGAAAGCUGACCUGCAGAAGUUCCUGCCCGAGUUCCUGGCCUUCUUAAAGCCUCAGCUUCAGCCCUCUCUUCAGUUACACAACCCGUGUGAGUGGCUGUCCAGGGUCUUCAUAGAGCAGGACGAUGACAUGCUGGAGGCCGCCAAAGCAUCCCUGAGCAUCUACCUCCACUUGACCAGAGAAUGGGACACUUCUGCAAGUCUGACCCCAGAAAAGGAAGCAUGGUUCCACUCCACACAUGGACAUGGCUACAACCCUCACUGUAUUUUCUUAUUCUUCUUAAAGAAUAUAGCGUUUGAUUCUACAGUUCUUCUUGACUUCUUGAUAUCCUCAGAAACCUGUUUCCUUGAAUACUUUGUUAAAUAUUUAAAACUACUGCAGAAAGACUGGGGCCACUUUCUGUCCACCUGCCAGUUCUUUGCUGCAGCGGAAUCACAGUGCGGAGUAAGUGUUCAUGAUCCUUUCCCCUUACCUGCCCAUGGCACAAGCACCAGCUACACAGCACCUCAUGCUCCUGUUGGAGAAAAUGCUUGCCCCUGGAUCCCCUGGGCUGCUGAUGCCUCCUCUGAACCCCAGAGCCAGCCCAAGGAAACUCACCCAGUGCCAACUAAUGGCCCACCUUCCCGGACACCACAGAGUCUGGUAGAUUAUGACAGCUCUGAACCCUCUGAUGAGGAAGCCACAGAUGAGCCUUUAGCAGACAGCAAACAGACAUCUUUAUGUCAAGAAAUGCCUGGGGAAAUCCAGGGUCUGCCUAGGACGUGCAAUGGAAAGGAACGUAGCUGGGAGCCUCAGGCGAGGCCUCUGCUCGCUGCAGAGCCCAGCUCUCCCUUCUCUGACGACGGUGGAGUUGCUCCAGAUGGGACUGUCUGGGAGGCAGGAUUGUUUCUUCGUACAGUGAGAUGCCUUGAGGAGCUACAGGGAGCUAUUUACCGUUUGCAGGAGAAAAAUCUCUUUCCGUAUAACCCAGCGGCACUUCUGAAGUUGUUGAAAGGCGUGGAGGCCAAGUGUGAUAACAUGUGAGCCCUGGGUAACAUAGCAACAUUUGUCCUCAGGUUUGUUUCUCUUUAUAUAAAUUGCCUAUCUAAGAUAAAUAAAAACAAAAUCUGCAAAAAUGG